CGCUCUCCAGUUGUCUGGUCAAUGUCUCAGUUCUCAUACCUUGAGGCUUCUUGGCGGAUUCCCUUAAACCAUGUUUUCGACUGUUAUCCUCCCCACUGUCUCUCUUUGCCUUAGUUUGUGCGUGGCCUCAGCCUUGACUUGUUCUUGGUCAUCCUUGCUUCAUCAGCUACCUAAGCACAUUGCUCUCGCUUCUUCCUUUUCCCUUUUCUUUUUUUUUUUUUAUAGAUAUAUCUCGCUUGUCUUUGACUUCCAUGGACCGUCAACUACAGUCAACCUAGUUCGCGGGCUAAUCGCUGAGCCCGCCUCCUACAGAUACCCCAGGUCCUUCCAUGACCCUUUCGCGAAGCCCUUCACCUGUUCCCGGUGGUGGCUGGUCAAGUCCAGGCUUGAGCCUUGACAGUGGGAGGUCGACUCCGGCGAACGUGAGCGGCGGCCCUGUUGUAUGGGAGUCGGCCAAGAUGCGACCUCACAACUCUAGCACAUUUUCUUCGUUUUCGACUCAAAACAAGGGGUUCUUCAGCAGACACAUGCGGCGACUAUCGAGCAGUCUCCCGCAGUUUAACGGGCAGCGUGAGACUUGGAAGGAAAAGCAUGGACGGGGACCAAGAUGGAUUCGAAAGGUGCCGCUCGCCGGUAGAAUACGAUCGAUUUAUGGGCGAAUGGGCAGAAGACUAAAGAUGUUUCUACUAUUCAUGCUGGUAGCGAUGCUCUGCUAUACCAUAUUCUACACAACCCCUCUUGUAUAUUACUGGAGGAGAUCGUUCGGUGGCGGCAACAAGUUUGUCAUUAUCUUGGGCGCAAAUGUUGGAGGUGGUGUCAUGGAGUGGAAGGGUGCCAGAGAAUGGGCUAUCGAGCGAGACAGCGUGCGAAACAAGCGAAAGUACGUCAACCGAUGGGGCUACGACUUGGAAAUUGUGGACAUGAGCACCAAGAAGAAGUAUGCGCACGAGUGGCGGGAGAGCUGGGAGAAAGUCGACUUUAUUCGGUCGACCUUGAGGAAGUACCCCAAGGCCGAAUGGGUUUGGUGGCUGGACUUGAACACAUUCGUCAUGGAGCCCUCAGUAUCACUUCAAGACCACAUCUUCAACCACCUGCAGACAGAAGUCGAGCGCGACAUCAACUACUUCAACCCUCGCAACAUAUCGCAUCCUUUCACCCAUCAUUAUCUGGAUGAGGUCUCGCGAAGCCCUGUUGGAGAUGGCAAGGCCAACUCGAUCAACAUGAUCAUGACACAGGAUUGCGCCGGCUUCAACCUGGGAUCCUUCUUCAUGCGGCGCAGCGACUGGACGGACCGACUCCUCGACGUUUGGUGGGAUCCUGUCACAUAUGAGCAGAAGCACAUGCAGUGGGAACACAAGGAGCAAGAUGCGCUGGAUCAGCUAUAUCAAUCGCAGCCGUGGGUGCGCAAGCAUGUCGGCUUCCUACACCAGCGCAAGAUCAACAGUUUCCCACCUGGAGCUUGCAACCCCGACGGCGGUCCCAAGGAUAAGCAUAUCCACUAUGAGGAGAACCAGCGCGAUUUCCUGGUCAACAUGGCAGGGUGCGAAUGGGGCCGAGACUGUUGGGGCGAGAUGUACUAUUACCGUGAGUUCAGUUACUGGCUCAACCGAAACCCUUGGGAACGCUUUAAGGAGGAUCUCAUUGCGGUCAUCUGGUUCAAGCUCACCGGCAAGAAGGUCAAGUUGUGAAGAGCACUUGAAUGAAGCUGUGAGAUGAAUGAAGCGACGAUUUACUCGAUUGUUGGGAUAUAGACGCAUCAACUCGGCCAAACGAUAUACGGGAAACGGACACGAAAACAGUCUAUGGUAUGACUGUGCUGAUGCUUGCCACGGAGUUCUUGUACAUGAUU